AUGCAAUCCAGUAGUGAGUCAGCAGCACAGCAUACAGAGAAAUUGAAUUCAAAUUCCGGAGUGGUUGUUCGUCUUCCCCCGUUGAGGGAGUAUAUAUUAAAACCAGUCCACAUGGCAUGAGAGCGUCGGUGUGAGAGAAGUGUGUGUAUUUGUGUGUGAAAGGAAUCAAAUCCAAACCGCUUAUCUGGUUCACGAAUAUCGCGUGUUCUUCCAUCGCGUCUCAAUCUGUCAUUACUCGACAAAAAUUAAGAUUUGUACCAAAUCGAACAAUCUCACUCAGAUUCGCUGAAAAUCUCCAGCUUGUUCAGAAAUAAGAUGGCUGCGUCUGUUCAGUGUAGAGAAGAGGAGAUGAGCUGUGGAGAGACUAAGGAGAAGGGUGAUGAUCUGUCGUUGUUCGUCGAUUUCAAUGGAGCAAAUCUGAAUAUCGAUCUUCAUAAGAAAUCGAAUCAGUUUCAAGAAUUAUUCAACUCUGAAUCUGACAACCCAAUGAUGCCAGAAACAAGAUCAACAAUAAUACAUGUCCAUCAUCCUGCUGCUGUUGAUUUAUUGAAUUCUGAAAACAACGCCUCCGACUACGAUUGGCUUCUUUCUCCACCACGUAACUCAGUACCUUCGUUAGAAAUGGAAGAACAGAAAACUCUUACUAGUCAACAUCUGAUAUCUAAUGGUCAAUCUACUUCUCCAAAGUCCAGACUAGAAAAUCCCCCUUUAGAUACUACUUCAACAACUAAAGUAAAAGUAGCAUCCAAACUUCCAUCAUCCUCCAUAAAAUCUUCCAAUGCCACCAUUAGAAGACCUUCACCAUCAAGAAAACCUCCCUCAACAGUUUCAAGAUCCUCCACUCCAACAACAAAACCAUCAAGAUCCUCCACUCCAACACCACGGCCCACCAUUCCCGCCAUUAAACCACCACCUCCUUCAAAACGGUCCACCACUCCAACUGCCCGUUCUUCUACCCCAACUGCCCGUUCGUCUACCCCAACUGCCCGACCCUCCAUACUUCCACGAUCUUCAACCCCAACUACCCGCCCUUCCAUUCCUGCUACUUCCAAGUCAUCAUCAACAUUGAGAUCUUCAACGCCAACUCAGCGACCCACCAACUCAUCGGUCAACAAAACCCGGUCAACCUCGGUCACAAAAGCGCGUGAUCCACCUCCUCCAAGCAUAAAGAAAUCUUUGCCCGAAAGGCCGGCUUCAGCAUCGAGAGGAAGACCGGGUUUAACCGAAACUAAUGUGAAACAAAUUCCAAAAAGGGCAUCUUUGUCUCCUUUAAGAGGACCGGUUUCUAAUGGUGGGAAAACUGGGGGAAUGAAGAAUCGAGGGUAUUCGAAUGGAAAUGAUGAGGUCAACCCGGUUUUGAUGGGGACUAAGAUGGUUGAAAGGGUUGUAAACAUGAGAAAGCUUGCUCCACCGAGGGAAGAUCGUGUUGUUAAUCAGAAUAAUACGUGCGGGAAGUUGUCUGUGUCGCAAGAUAACGCGGGGUUUGGGAGAACAUUGUCGAAGAAAUCGUUUGAUAUGGCAUUGAGACAUUUGGAUAUUAGGCGAAGCAUGCCAGGUAAUAUGCGUGCAAUGAUCACGAAAAUUCCUGCUUCUUCGGUUUAUAGUGUGAGAUCCGAGUCAGUGAAAAACCACACCAUUAGUGCUUCAGACUCUCCUCUUGCUACAAGCAGCAGUGCUAGCUCUGACCAUAGCAUUGGCAAUAAUCAGAGUUUUGUUGAUGGUGAAAUUACCAACAAAAUUAGUAUGGGAUUUGAGAAUGGACAUUAGAAACAGAUGUGGACUUUUGUUAUUGUUUAAGAGAUGCAAUUGGAUUUAUCUUUUUCAAGAAUCCAUUUGCAGUAGGUGGUUUGAAUUCAUUGCCGAUUUGAAGAAAAGUUGAAAGAAACUUGGGUUUGUGCUUUGUGGUGACUAGAAAGGGUUAAAAGUUCAUGCAGCAAUGAACUAGUCUUUGUAACAUAUGCUUCUCAUUUCCUACCAUUCAUUUUAAGUGGUU